GCCUGAUAUUGACAUGAUGGUCCGACGGGACGAAUUUGGAGGAUUGGAUCUCCGCGCGUUGCGCCGCGCUUUAGGAUUGCAGACCUGUGUGCCCAUCCACCCCUCGCGAUGGCAGCUCGAGGACCCUUCCGACGGAGACUGGCUCAGCCCUCUAGCUGUUGCCAAUCUCUGCGGGCGUGGGAUGACCAUCAAGUUCACCGAGCCCGUUGUCUCCAAGUUCACAAUCCGACAACGUCAACUUCGCGCCUCUUACAGGGCCUUCCGCUCCUUCUCUGACCUUUUCCUCUGCUACUUUAUCUCUCGUCUCGACCGACACACGUCGUUGGUAAAGUGGUAUCGUGCGUACGAGAGGAUCCCUGUGAAAAAGAUCGAGGAAAUCGAAACCACAUUGCUUGGGUUCUUUGUUGUGUUCUCCAUCGGAUCGGUCAUCUACCACCACCACGUCGACUUGUGGGCUCUUGCUGUGUGGCUGAAAGAGAUUGUAUUAUGUGUUUUGUCCUAUGUUCAUUGACUGUUUGUACCCUAUGCCUCUAUGCUAUAUGCCUCUAUGCCACCUUAAUCUAUCGUACGAGCUACCAAUACAAAUGUAUAAGUAUGGGGGUUGAGAAUUUGGUGGUCACUGUGGGAUCCUGAAUUUCCAAUUGCUGAGCUAUCUGAUU